AUGCGAAGACUCCCAUCACACAGACCAUGGGUUCCCACCAGCAGAAGGGCGACGGCCAAGGGAUGUCUGAGCAGUCCGGAGGGUGCCAUGGUGGCGGUGGAGGCUGCGGUUGCUGCUGCCACGGAGGAGGCGGCUGCCACAGCAGCGGUGGAGGAGGAUCCAUGGGACAGCAGAGCCAGGGAUCGAGGAGGAGGAGGAGGAGGAGGAGGAGGCGGACAGCAGAGCCAAGGAUCCAUCUGCAUUAUUGGAGGAGGAGGAGGAGGAGGUGGUGGCUCAGGGCAACAAAGCCAAGGUCCCAUCAUUAUUGGAGGGGGUGGAGGUGGCGGAGGAGGAGGUUCUGACCACCAGAGCCAUAUGCCCAUCUGCAUAGGUGGAGGAAUUGGAGGUGGUGGUGGAGGUUCAGGCCAGGAGGGCAAAGGAAUCAUCAUCAUCGGUGGAGGCAGCGGUGGAGGAGGAGGAGGAGGAGGAGGAGGAGGCUCAGGCCACCAGGGCCAAGGUCCCAUCUGCAUUGGAGGUGGCAGUGGAGGAGGAGGUGGUGGUCAACAAAGCCAAGGCCCCAUCAUUAUUGGUGGUGGUGGUGGUGGUGGCUCAGGGCAGCAGAGCCAAGGUCCCAUCUGUAUUGGUGGGGGUGGCAAGGGAGGAGGAGGUGGUGGAGGUGGUGGAGGUGGUGGCUCAGGCCACCAGGGCCAAGGUCCCAUCAUUAUUAGUGGAGGAGGUGGUGGUGGUGGUGGAGGAGGUUCAGGCCACCAGGGCCAAGGUCCCAUCUGCAUUGGAGGUGGCAGUGGUGGUGGAGGAGGAGGUGGUGGUCAACAAAGCCAAGGUCCCAUCAUUAUUGCUGGUGGUGGUGGUGGUGGCUCUGGGCAGAGCCAAGGUCCCAUCUGUAUUGGUGGGGGUGGCAAGGGAGGAGGAGGUGGUGGUGGCAGUGGUGGCUCGGGGCAUCAGGGCCAAGGUCCCAUCAUUAUUAGUGGAGGAGGUGGUGGUGGUGGAGGUGGUGGCUCAGGUCACCAGGGCCAAGGUCCCAUCUGCAUUGGAGGUGGCAGUGGAGGUGGUGGCGGUGGUGGCUCAGGCCACCAGGGCCAAGGUCCCAUCAUCAUUGGUGGUGGAGGAGGAGGAGGAGGAGUGGAGGAGGAGGUGGUGGCAGUGGUGGCUCAGGCCACCAGGGCCAAGGUCCCAUCUGCAUUGGAGGUGGCAGUGGAGGUGGUGGCGGUGGUGGCUCAGGUCACCAGGGCCAAGGUCCCAUCUGCAUUGGAGGUGGCAGUGGAGGAGGAGGUGGUGGCNGGAGUGGAGGAGGAGGUGGUGGCGGUGGUGGCUCAGGUCACCAGGGUCAAGGCCCCAUCUGCAUUGGAGGUGGCAGUGGAGGAGGAGGAGGAGGUGGUGGUGGCUCAGGUCACCAGGGCCAAGGUCCCAUCUGCAUUGGAGGUGGUGGAGGAGGAGGAGGUGGUGGUGGCUCAGGUCACCAGGGCCAAGGUCCCAUCAUCAUUGGUGGUGGUGGAGGAGGAGGAGGAGGUGGCGGUGGUGGCUCAGGGCACCAGGGCCAAGGCCCCAUCUGCAUUGGAGGUGGCAGUGGAGGAGGAGGAGGAGGAGGAGGAGGUUCAGGCCACCAGGGCCAAGGUCCCGUCAUCAUCAUCAGUGGUGGAGGCGGAGGUGGAAGUGGAGGUGGAGGUGGUUCCUCCAGCUCUGGAGGAAUGUCCAUGCAGCAGCAGACCCAGCCCAUCUGCUGGCCACCGCAGACCAAGCGCAAACUGUAACACUCAACAAAAUGAGGCUCCCCAGCCCCUUCUGGUGUCGGUCACCAGCGGCAUCUCCCGGCUGGAGUGGAGGCUGGCAACCUCCAGAAUCCUGCUGGAGCCCCAGAAUCCAACCUGGGAAUUCAAGCACGGGAGCCGAGCUCACGUGUGGGAUCUGCUGUGGAUGCAGGGCAGCCGAGGAAGUGAUGCACGGGAGAAGCAUCGUCCGCAUCCAAAAGUGGUGUUGGGCUGGACUGUGGUCAUGGGCCUUGGGAAAUUCUCGGGAGAAUCGGUGGUAAAAAGCUUUUCCUUGCAGGGUCACUGCUCCAAGAUGUGCUCCAGACAAAGCGGGUGCGGCUGCGGCUGCAGCUGCUGCUGCUGCUGCUGCCGGGGGAGUUACCAGUCCCAGGGCUCCUCCGGCGGGGGAGGAGGCGGAUCCUGCUGCGGUGGAGGAUCCUCCGGUGGAUCAGCCCAGAAGAUCAUCAUCAGCUCUGGUGGUGGAGGAGGAGGAGGCUCCUCUGGAUGCUGCGGAGGGGGAUCCAGUGGCGGUUCUUCAGGAGGGAAGAUGAUGGGAGGUGGAGGCGGUGGAGGUUCCUCCGGAUGCUGCGGUGGAGGAUCCGGUGGUGGAUCAUCAAAGAGCAUGAUGGGAGGUGGAGGUGGUGGAGGAUCCUCCGGAUGCUGCGGAGGAGGAUCCGGUGGUGGCUCUUCUGGAAUGAAGAUCAUCAUGGGAGGUGGAGGAGGAGGAGGCUCCUCUGGGAUGAAGAUCAUCAUGGGAGGUGGAGGCGGUGGCGGAUCCUCUGGAUGCUGCGGUGGAGGAUCUGGUGGUGGAUCUUCAAAGAGCAUCAUGGGAGGUGGAGGUGGUGGAGGAUCCUCUGGGUGUUGCGGUGGAGGAUCCGGUGGUGGCAGUGGAGGAUCAGCCCAGAAGAUCAUCAUCAGCUCUGGCGGUGGAGGAGGAGGAGGAGGCUCCUCCGGAUGCUGCGGAGGAGGAUCUGGUGGUGGCUCUUCAGGAGGGCAGAUCAUCAUGGGAGGGGGAGGCGGUGGCGGAUCCUCUGGGUGCUGCGGAGGUGGAUCCUGCUGCAGCGGGGGCUCCUCUGGAUACGGGAUGGGAGGGGGAUACGGUGGUGGCUCCUCAGGAUCAAAGAGCAUCAUUGGAGGGGGAAGCAGUGGAGGGUGCUCAGGUUAUGGCAUGGGUGGAGGAUAUGGUGGUGGAUCUUCAGGAUCAAAGACCAUCAUUGGAGGGGGNUACGGUGGUGGCUCUUCAGGAGGGAAGACCAUCAUUGGAGGUGGAGGCAGUGGUGGAUCCUCCGGAUGCUGCAGUGGAGGAUCCAGCUAUGGGAUGGGCGGAGGAUACGGCAGCAGCUCCUCAGGCCAGACCAUCAUCAUCAGCUCUGGAGGUGGCGGCGGAGGCUCCUCCUCCCAGCAGAAAUGUCCCAUCGUCAUCCCCAGCGUGGUGUCCCACCAGAGCAAGCAGAGCUGCUACUGGCCCUACAGCCAGCAGAAGUGACAGCCCUGGGCAGCUCCGGUUCUGAGCCUCUGCCGCGGCACCUCUGUGUCCCAGCCCUGGCUCUGCUGCCUGGUCCUUCCCAGCGUGUCCUCUCCUGUCCCCUGGACGCUGCAUCCUCGUGUGAGAACUCCAGGGUUCCCCUGGUGCGCUCCUGGUGUUGGGGUGCCUUUGAUAAUGUUCUGCUGCUUUCCCAAAGGCACUUUUUAUAUCCAAUAAAUGUCGUAAUUGCUCAAAACUGCCCUUUUAUUUUGGUAAUUAAUUAAUUUCUUGCACCACCAAGCUGCAUUUCAUAGUCUUAGGAUGUAGAAAUGUCUCUGAUGAGGUGUUUCGCUCCAAAGCCACCUGCUUUAUUGUCCCAGAGGUUCUGCACCUUCAUUUUCCACCUGGGCUCUGUGAGGGAGGAGCAGAAGAUCCCAAAAUUCAAAGGAACCACAGCACCGACACCCUUUGGUGCCUGGGCAUGGUGCAGGCCGUGUCCUCUGAGGUGCCAGCACCCAAUGACAACCUCUGUGGACCUGAUGGGAGACGUGACCAGGCCCAGCAGGCUCAGCUGGGAAAAGCAGGGACUGGGGAUGACCCAACAGGUGGGCAAUAAAACCAUG